UAUGUUUGUUAAAAGAGAAUAUUGUAGAAGCUACUUAGCAUACUCUGACACUAUUUAUAAUUUUGAAAAAACAGACGAGACGUUUGACGAAUCUAAAUUACAGUCAUGCUUGAAUAGAUGCACAGCAUCUGACAGUUGUUUCUCAUUUCAAUUUACAGCUAAUCAAAAUAAAUGUGUAACAAAAAAUUUAGCUAUCCUUGGUCCAGAACUAAGAAAUAAAGCAGGAACAAUCUAUUAUGUUAAAGUCUAUGAAGAAGGUUGUAACCAUUUUAGGACAUUUAAGAAUCAUGUCUUCGAUAAUAGAUGUCUUUUAGAGAAAUCUUUUAACGAAACAAGGGAAAAUUGUUUAUUGAAAUGCGAAGAAAAGGAGAACUGCUUUAGUGUAAACUAUUCCAAGCAAAAGAGUUGUCAUCUUCUUUGUGGAAUAGGUAAUGGUGCCUCCAUCGUAUCAUAUAAAAACUUUGAAACUCAUAUUAAACCUUUAUGCUUAGCUACAUUUCAAGUGGAGCUUCAAUGGAAUUCAAUGUCAGUAAAUGAAAAACCAUUUCCUCUUAUACAAAAUUAUGGAGACGGCAUGAAAACUUGUUCGUUGGGAUCGAUUGAUCAACCAACUGUUAUUUUCACCACUACUCAAUACUUUAGAAAACCAGUAAAGUUUGAUGUGCAAGUGUUUUUAAAUGCAUUAACAGGACCGUGUACAAGUAUUGUUGACGUUGGAACAUAUAAUAAUGAAAUCUAUAAAAGUUGUCAAUUGUUAGAGCAAGUUUCUAAUAUUUGCAAAUUUUCUUGUUCUGUUUCUAACCUCUCUAAAUUUUUAGUUAAACCCUUAGUUAAAAUUUGUAAGCUUUACCAAGGCUAUAAACACGAAUUGCCUGGAUUAUCACACUUUGAACUCUACCUUGGUAAAACUAUGGAAGAAUGUCUGAAAUUAUGUGAAGAUCAUGUGAGAUGCGCCUCUUUUACUUGGAAUAGUACAAGCAAAAAAUGUGGACUUUUAAAAUAUGCUUUUUAUGACAAUGGAAUGUCCUUUGCUGCUGAUAUUUAUUACUAUUCAAAAAUUAUCCAUUCUGAAUGCUCUAAUUGGAAGCGAUUCCAAAAAGUUGUCAUUGGCUGCAUUUGUUUGAUUGAUAAUAUUAAAGACAUACAGUCUGAAGAAGAAUGUGUAAAUAUUUGUAAUAGAACAGAUUACUGUCUUGGUGUUAACGUGAAUUUGGAAGAACGAAGCUGCCAUACAUUGUCAGCAGAUGGGCCUUCAGCUAGUUACUUUGAAAUUAUACCAGCUGUUCAUUAUUCUAGGCCACAAUGCUUAGGUUCAACUUUCAAUAUUGAAUUGGAAUGGCAUGAUUUUAUAUCCACAAACAGCUAUAAAUCACUUUUAAAAAGUUUAGGAGACGGCGAAACUAAAUGUCAAACAGAUAUGAUUUAUAAUAGUAAUGUUAUCUUUACAUCAGAAAUCUUAUUUGAAGCUAUAACAAUAAUCAAUGUUAAUAUAUAUUUAUCUCUUCUAAACAAAACGUGUGAUAACGUUGUUAAAGUAACUGCUAAUUUUUAUGAUGAAUUUGAACCAUGUUACUCUAUUGAGGGAAAUGAAUAUUACUGCUCGUUCUCAUGCGUUGGUAGUAAUUAUAACAAAAUAAGAUUGGAACCAAUUAUGAAGGAUGUAAAGAUUUGUGAAGUUUCUUUAACUUCGACUAAUAGAUUGAUAAGUGUUUGUGUGUAA